UUAAACUUGUCCAACACUGCGUGUCUCUUACGGGAGCGAGCGAGACCAAAGUGUCACCCACCCCGAAUCGAGUUUGUGUUAGUGUCCGUGAGCGUGUGAGUGCGAGUGUUUGCCUGUGCGUCGCAUUUGUCGUCGCUGUUACAUUUUUCUGCCCGCUGACUGCGACGGAGCAGCAGUCGCUGCCGCUGCUGCCUCGUAACCUCGCCGCCGACACAGCGACAAUCAUUGUCACCCACGUCUUCCGAAGAAGUGGUUCUCUCGUGUCUCUGCUUAGUUGCCGCACACCACACUCCUCAUUCCGUACACCGUACACCGGGUACCGUACACAUACCGCACUCGUGUCCGCAUCCUAAUCCGAAUCACGGUCCCGUCGCUUCUUGUGUUGUAUGAGCGUGUGAGUGGUCAUCUCUUAAAGCGAACGACGGCAAACUUUUGUUUUAUCGCCAACGAUGCUCUAGAAUAGAGCCCAGCUUUAAACAAACCUAAUAAAAAAAUAGCAUCGGGCUCAUGGAAGUGAACUGCUGCGACUGUAAUUCGAUAAACUAAUUUUUUUUUUAUAUGGGAAGCGCUGUGACAUUUCGAUUGUAUCCAUUCGAAGUUCUAUUAAAGUGAAGUUUAUACAAGCCAUUGGAGUUACGCUAAAUAAAAAGUGUCUAGUCUUUAAUUUUCAUUAAAGCACAAAGCCAGGCCGGUUAGAAUGGAGCAUAUGGUGAAUCCGUUCAUGUCGCCCGCUUAUCUGCUCGCCCAUGGUCCUCAUCCGCACGCACAUCCCCAUGUCCAGCAUACCAAUACAAAGGGCAGCGCCUCCUCGCCGGCCAGCUCGCCAGGAGGGUCGACUGGAUCCGGUUCUGGCUCGGGUGGAGUCUCAUCUGGUGGAAUAUCGAAGCUGAAGCGCUGGGGCUCGCCGCCUAUCAACCUGGCCGGCCAGUUCAUCAAUCCGUCGACGGGAAAGAAGCGCGUCCAGUGCUCAAUCUGCUUCAAAACUUUUUGCGACAAAGGCGCCCUAAAAAUCCACUUUUCGGCGGUGCACCUGCGGGAAAUGCACAAGUGCACGGUCGAGGGCUGCAACAUGGUUUUUAGCUCGCGUCGCUCCAGGAACCGCCACAGUGCCAAUCCGAACCCCAAGCUGCACUCGCCGCACAUCCGGCGCAAGAUCUCACCGCAUGACGGCCGCACGGCCCAGCAGUUUCCUGUGUUUGGUACAGGAGCCGCCGCAGCUGCUGGCCACCUUCCUGUAGCUUUCCCUGGCUUGCUGCCACCGCAUCACCCUCAUCACACCCAGUCCUCGUUCGUCAUGUUCGGGGGCCAGGGCCGACUGCCCGGCCUGAAUAUUCUUUCCGGCUGUCUGGAUCUGCCUGAUGCAGAGUCAGAGGCACCUAUCGACGCGGAGGCAGAUGGAGGCGACGGGGCUGACUUCGAAUACGUAGAGAUACAGGCAAACAGUUCGAGCUCGACUGCAUCUUGCGAAGAGGAUAACGACCAGGACCAUGAUCAAGAUGAAGAGAUGCAUUGCAGUCUGAGCCUGGCAAGCAUCAGCAGCAGUAAUGGCGAUGAGGACAGGCCCGACCAGCCGCUGGACUUCAGCUUGCACAAGCGCCGGGACCGAGAGUGGGAGCAGGACCCAGACCAGGAGCUAGAUUCGGAAAAGGAGCACAGUCGCGAGAAGCUACUACAUAAUAAGGAAUUUGAGCUGGAGAAGCGAUCGGGUAGCCCCAGUGGAGGCUCUUUCUCCAUGGAUAGGCUGCUGGGAAAACGCAAGCGACACGACAGCAACGCGUCUAAUUCGGCAAGUUCCACAUCUAUCAACGCCACUGACACUGCUGCCGUUACCUCUAUUCCUGGUCUCGGCGCGGAGAGCAGCAUGGAGCUGGAAGUUGACAGCAUAGACCUGUCUGGCCGACGGCUCCUACCGCCCCCACUGCCGUUGCUGGAAAUUGACGAGCAACACCAUAUCCGACUGCUGCAGACACAGAUGUUUGCCGCCGCAGCGGCAGCAGCCGCCGCUCAGCCACCCACCACGUUCGCAUUGCCGUCGGGUGGAUCACCCGUGGAGCCACUGGGCGGGUCGCCGCCAAUGUGGAGCCUGCUCUCCGAAAUGUACCGCUCGAUUUUGCUCAAGACGCAACAGCAGCAAAAGUACCAGCACUCCCACCAGCCCCAGCAACCGGAACAUCACUUGCACCUGAGUCACCUAACACUCGACCGACACCAUCAACAGCCGCCGCCAAAGACGUCACCGGCGUCAACCAACGCAGCUAUAUCGGUAUAAAUUGUGGCGGAGCUUCUUAGUCAAAUGUUUUUUUUUUUUUUGUUUUAUUUUUGUUCUUAGUUCUUAUUUUUUAAGGACGUCUUAAGAGGGGCGGCCAUCGGAAGUGGAAAUAGAAGACUUAGCCGAAUAUAGGUCAUUAAAUGGCUGGCAGCUCUCAAACACCGCCGCCGCUGCCCUAUACCCCAGGUAUUACAACUCUGACUUGAUCCGGGAAUUUAGCUUUUUCUGCUCACAAAUGUGUUAUAUAAAACUUUUUUUUGUGAAUUUAUGUAUGUUUACAGUAAUGCAGCAUCUAUGUGUAUAGUGUUUAAUCUGUUCCUCAGUGCAGCAGCACCGUGCAAAGAGUGUGAGAGUGUAUGUGCGUAGGAUCUCAGUUAUUUUUGCUGGCGAUCUGUGCAGAUUGGUCAACGAGAAGCAGGCAAUAGGUUCGGGUUCCUGCUUUUUGGUGGGUGCACAACGAAGUAUUGAUAUUUAUAACAAAUAGAUUAUACAAGCAUAUAUUAAAUAGUUUUAAGUAAUUUUUUUUGUAACCUCUAAAUAAACUGCGACGCUGGAAGUACUAACCGCAUGCAAGCUUUACUGAAACAUAUCCGAAGUGUACGAAAAGCUCCACAACCGUUAGCAGCUAUAUGUAGAUCGUAAGUUAAAAAAAUGUUAAUGCUCCCGAGAAAUAGUAUUGCUCCAUACGAAACGAUUGUGUACUGUAUAACAUGAUUUAAGUUUUCAUUAACAAUAAAUAUGUCAACAUUGAAAA